CAACAGUUUCUACUGAACCCGCAAGAUGGCGUUUUCCUUGCAUAAUUUAUUGACGCAUGCGCCACACAUUGCAAUCAGCUGUCAGAAAGAACAUAAUCACGUAAAAAACAAAAUUAUUUGUGUCUUUAGAUAAUUCCCGUCAAUAUGGCGGGGCAAAAUCCAGGUUCGCCGACUGACUUUCAAUAUUUUUACGAGGAUGAAGUGUAUAAAAUCAACAAUCGCGGUCAAGUGGUCUUCGGUCUGGUACUCGAGAACUAUGAAGCCAACUCCAGCGAUCAAGAGAGCGACAUUGAAACUCCUAUACAAAAAGGCGAAAUUCGCGUUGUCUGGCAUCCUUCCGGCACCGAGCGGGUCAUAUCCGAGAAGUCGGUUGGCUUAGCAGACCGCUCGUUGAUGCCUGGCGACGUGGUCCGUCGUCUGAUUGCUGGCAAGGAUACACAGAGAGGCUACUGCAGAGACAUCAUCAUGAACGCAGCCCUGCAGAUUGUGGGCACCAAGCAUGUGAUACCGAGUGUUGCCAGCGAAAGACUCCAGCCGUUAGAGGAGUUCACUCCUGAUUUAGCUGUCUGUCUUGAUUCGUGGGUUGGGACUUCUAAGGCGGUCCAUAGCAAACUCCGGCUCGUGUCGGCGGAGGGCUCCAGGCUCGAGUACCCCGACCUGGACACGUGUCCCCUGGAAGACUAUUCCAUGCGCCGCCGCCGCUCCACCCCCUACUCGUCGUCCGAGUUCUACCCCGGACAGGUGGUGUACGGCCCGCUAGGCUCCCUCGAUUCCGCCAACUGGCUCCACAUUACCAAGGAGAUGAAAGCCGCCAGGAAACAUAAGAUGCAUGAUCAUAAGUUCACUGUGGAGGCGGUGAUGACGGAGAGCGUGAGCGUUCACUGGCAGUGCCGCGCGCUGUGCACUAACCCCACAGACCCCACCACGCCGCAGCAACCCAAGUUCUUAGUCGAAGGCGAAGAUCUAAAGAAUCUGAAGCUGCUAAAUGUAUUCGAGCCAUGCACACUGCAGGUCGGUGACAGAAACUUCCUCACCAUUGGUCCUGAAGACACCUUUGUAAGCAAGAAGCAAUGGAGAAAACAACAAAGUAAAUACUACAGGAAUCUCCGUAAGCAAACAAAACCGAUAAAGAAGCCUUCGAAAACCGACACCAACUCGACUGACCACGUGCCCUCCCGGCCUAAGAAACGCGCCUCGGCACAUCGGAAACUCAAGUCAAAUGACAACGACAUGGAAGUGGAUCAAGUAGACGACAAGCUGGAAUCCUUAGACGAUGCUCUAAAGAUGGACGCGACCUGCCCCAGCAUCAAGAUUGAUAAUAUUGGCGACGUCUGCCUGCCAAUGGCGAGCUCCCAGGAAGACACUGCCACUGAAGAGAAAAAUGAUUCGGGAAUCAGAUGGCACGUCCGCAGUCCUGAGCCGGCGCGAGAGGACUCCUCGCUGCUUAAUGGAGACAGCAAGUCGGAUACCGCGCUCAACGACGACGACUCCGAUAACUGGGAGAACACUAGCAGCGAUGGCAGUGAUACUGACAGUGGUGCGACGUGGUCGUCUCGGUGCUCGUCGGCGGCGUCGGGUCGCGGCAAGCGGUCCCCGCAGCUGGCCGUCCGCCUGCUGCGCGGCAAGCGCCUCAAGCGGACCGUGCGCCGCGCGCCCCCCGCGCCCCCGCCGCGCCCCGGGGACCGCGUCGUCGUCGAGACCCUCCACACCACCAGCCGCGCCAAUGUCGUCUGGCAGGACGGCACCAUAGAAAUGGGCAUUCCAUCCACACAACUGUAUCCGAUCCACCACUUAGACGGGCAGGAGUGCUUCCCUGGUGACUUUGUAGUCAGCGGAGCAGCCAAUGUCGAGGAAAACCAACAGUUGAAGCACCGUGAGUACGGCGUGGUACAGCGCGUGGACCACCACGGCAGGACCGCCAUCGUGCACUGGUACCGCACCUACACCAGCGCUGACGAACCUGUGCCACAAAUGUUACACGAGAGUGAAGUGAGCGUGUACGACCUGAAGGACCACCCUGACUUCCAGUACCGGCCCGGCACUGUCGUCAUCAGGGUCGCCAACUUCACAGGGGAGGAUGCUAACUGUACUGCUGGACAGGUGAUAGACAACUUCCCCUCUGGGCGCGUCAAAGUUUGGUGGGUGGAUGGACACACUAGUAUGUGCUGGCCACAGGAUCUAUAUAAGGUUGGCGAGUAUGACAGUGAGGAAGGCGAGCUGUGGGGCUCGGAAGGGUCCGGGUCCGAGGACUCGUGGGAGACGCAGAGCUCGGCGCACGAGCCCGAGCCGCGCACGCCCGACGCGCUGCCCGCCACGCCGCCGGACCUCGCGCCCGCCGCAGUUGGCGGCGUGGAGUGCGGGUCAUGCGGUGAGGGCUCGGCGGGGCCCGGGCCGGCGGCGGCGGGGGCGGGGGCCGUGCCCCGCUUGUUGGAGCCGCGCGUGGCGGCGCACAUCGAGCGCGGCCGCGUGGCCAUGAGGAAACUGGAGGAGAUGUUCGCUAAGCACCCUACAUUACAGAGCCAAGAGGUAAAGCUCCUGUCUCUGUUAAGGUCCCUGCCGCUGUCCGUGUCGGUGAGCGUGCCCCCGCUGCUAAAGCCGUCGGUGACGACGCUCAUGCAGCGCCUAUUCGGCGGCGUCUGCAACCUGCACGACAGGUUCCACAAAGAGCCCGCGCUAGAGACGUACGAGAUAAUGCGCAAGCUGUUAAACUUGUACAAAGAUUGCCGAUUUUUAGACCGUCUCAUGGGUACAUCUUUCUUUCAUGAAGACCACUUUUUGGGUCUUUUGGAGCGCGUACGUGAGCGUGGCGCAGUGACUCCGCGGGCCGGCGAGCGACGCGUCCACGAACAACUGGCGCGACUCUUCGCCCCCAGUGACCCAGCGGACCUUGCAGCAGCGCCUCCCGCGCCCCCAUCCCCACCCCCAGACCCUAUGCUGGUGGACGAAGACCUCGACAAACCACUACAACCCGACGGCACCCGGGCCAUCAUCACGUCGAACGUCACUGUUGAGCCUAUGCAGGUCGAGUGUAGUGUAUCAAAGAAGCAACUACAUUUGAAUAUAGAAGCUGCACAGGCCACCGGAUCUGACACAGCUGUAUGUACACAAGAAUUAGCUCUUAGUGAAAAUCCCUCCACGGAGACAGCGGAUGGCGACCCCAGUCUUAGCAAGAACGUCUGCUACAAGCUGUGCUCACUCAUACACGCUCAGCUCAUCAAGGCACAUGCUGAAGUCAGCCGGAGAAGGCCGCAAGAGUUGGCCGAUUUCCUUAACAGAUUAGUGAAAAUCGCAUACAACUCUGAGGAGAACUUAGCCUACCACUUUUCAGUUCAGUACGGUGCGUUGGUGGUGAGCAUCACGGAUGAAGAGAAGGCUGAGUCCAAGGUAGCUGAGGUCAAGGACGCCACUACCGCGACUGCGCAGAAAACUGAAGGUCCCGCAGGUGCAGAAACAGCGCCCCUGGCGACGGCUGAAGGUACGGAGGAGGCAGAAAUGGACACGGCCAACCCCCCCGUGUCAUUAGAGAACAAGGAAGGCGGCGAAGGUUUUUGCAUACUAGAGUCUGCACCAGCCGCCCAUAGAUUCCGACUCUCCAUGCUGCAGCCCUCCGAACCUAGAACCUUCUACUCCGCUGUCAAGAGGGAGAUUAAACUGCUCAAGAGCGAUCUACCGCCAGGCGUAUGGGUCCGUGGCUACGAGGAUCGUAUCGACCUGCUAUCGGUGAUGAUCGCCGGCCCUACAAAGACCCCAUACGAGGGCGGACUGUUUGUGUUCGACGUACAGCUCGGCGGCGAGUACCCGCGCGCCCCUCCACUCUGCCACUACCACUCAUACUGUACUGAUAGGCUCAAUCCCAACCUGUAUGAAGAUGGCAAGGUGUGCGUAUCUCUCCUGGGCACAUGGUCGGGGCGCGGCGUCGAGGUAUGGGGCAAGGACAGCUCUCUACUACAAGUGAUCGUGUCGCUGCAAGGGCUCAUACUCAAUGCGGAGCCCUACUUCAAUGAGGCGGGAUAUGAGAAACAGAAGGGUACUCAGCAGGGCAAAGAGAACUCUCGCAUGUAUAACGAAAUGGUGCUGCUGAAGCUGGUACAGUCGAUGACGAAGAUGUUGAUGAACCCGCCCGAGCCAUUCCGCGCCGAGAUACUGACGCACAUGCGCAGCGCGGCCGGGCCGCUGUGCACGCGCCUCGAGGGGCUCGUGCGGCUGUCGGGCGGCGCGGAGGGCGGAGCCCCGGCCGCGGAGCCCAGCGAGGCGCCCGAGUUCCCGCUGGUGCCGGCGUCGCGCGGGUUCUGCCUGACGCUGCGCUCGUCGCUGGAGAGCUUCCGCGCGGCGCUGCGGCGGCACGACAUCAGCGUGCCGCCGCCCUCGUUAUAGCGAGGCCAGUGCCACGCUAUGCAUGCGGUAGUCGGGCUAGUUGUUCAUAUCACCUGAUGAUAUGAAUCCGACCGGUCCCUAUAAAAUUAAUGAUAAUCAAAUUCUAAAUGAAAUGUUCGAUCUUAUGCGAAUGGUAUGAUUCUUAGAUUUAUUAAUGCAUAGAUUAAUAUUAUUUAUUUGUUACAAAGUAAUGUCUACUUUUAAUUCAACAUUCGACGUUAUAAUGUUUAGAUUAUGAGUACUUAUUGAAAUUGCAUACUUUUUACGAAGCGAAGCUUUUUGCUGUCAUUGGAAUAUUUGCUACCUACACUAAUAUUAAUAUAAUAUUUUACAAUAAAGACAGAUUACUUAGAUAUAACGUCUAGAACAUUUUGUUCCCGAUUCCAAUAUUGUUUAAUAUUACGAAGCCCCUACGUACCAGGCUAGAGAUGUGUGCGAGUAUUACGAGUAUCUCAUCGAUGUCUAUUUUAUGUAUGUAAUGUUGUAUGUAAAAAUGCAUUCACUCAUUUUAUGUAAUUAUAGUUUUGUUUUUAUUUUAUUUUUGUUUUAUAUUGCGGGAAUAUGAUUUGUAUGGUAAAGUGAUGUAGUUUGGUCGUGGUGUUCCGGCGCAGUCCCGGCAGACAGUACAUAACUAGCGAAGUCGGCAGCAGCAGCGAGCUCGACGCGACUCUUUAGGUGUCCACUAUGUUGUUGUUGUUUUCUUGUUACCAGUGUAUCAACGUAAUUACAUCAUUACACUAUUAGCUUUAGUGCAUGUACAUGUUUGGAAUUUCAUUUCCUCACCAAAUACGAGCGUCACAAAAGUAAUUUCUUACUUACAGUGAUAUCCACGUUAUUAGUUUGUAUUUAACAUUUCCCGAAAAUUUAUAUAAACAAUAUAAAAAAUUUAAAGUGCUAUCCAGUGAUUCGCGCUUGUUAGUGAGAUAUUUUGGAAAAUAGUUUUAAUUUUCUAUUCAAUCUUGUUUUAGAAAAAAAAUCUUCCUCGUUAGUGCUUAUAGUAUUAAACCAUACGGCCCACGCCGCGCCGGCGGCAGCACAAAUACAAUGUAACUUCAUGCCAAAGUCAAUUGAGCUAUGGAAGGCUUUUGUCGCUUGUGUACGCGAGAUAAGUGACAACUAUGUAUAAUGAUGAAAAAUAAAUAAUUCUUCAACAUUA